CGCCAUCUUUGCAAUCCUAAAUGUGCAGACACCUGGUUCUAGGCUGGCAGAUACUACAUUUACUAAAGACCUGAUGCUCAGAACACUGCCACAAAAUCACCAUGAAGGGAUUCCUUACCGGAGCCUGCGUAAUGUCUGCUGUUAUUGCAACAGUGUAUUCCCUAUAUUGCCUUAGAUGUUUUGAAAGUAAAAAACGCUGCCUUACAUAUAUGGAGUGUAAAGAAGGGGAGGUGUGCCUGACUUCAUAUGAAAAUACACUAUAUUAUCUUGGUGAAACUUUGCAUACACCUAUUUGGAGCGGGUGCUGGCAAAGCGAGGAUUGUAACGUAAAUAUCAGCUUUUCAACUCCGCUUAUAAAAGUAAGAUAUGCCACAAGCUGCUGUAAUACGGACAACUGCACCGCCCCGACCCCGACCCUGAUGCCACUGAACGCUGAGAAGAACGGCCACACGUGCCCAGCCUGUCACGGGGAGAACUGCAUCCCACAAUACUCCAUGGCCUGCACCGGGGAAGAGAAAACCUGCAUCCACUUCAACUCAUUUUUAGGAUAUUCAAGGGGCUGCGCGACAACCGAUCACUGCAAUGCAACUUAUAUCGUAAAUCCAUCCCUUAAUAAUCGCUAUAUAUGCAACAGAAACGACACCACCCUUUCCCUGCCUGUCAGAAACUUCUUGUUCUGUCAAAGUUGUUAUUAUAGAACCAAAACCUGCUACACAAAGUUACAACUUUGUGGUGUUCAGGAAGAUGUUUGUGUGACGGAGAAAAUAAGGACCAUACACAACGGACAAGACGUCACUUAUGUUAAUAAAAGAUGCGGGCAAGCAAGAGAGUGCAGCCGAGUCGGCACACUGAGAAGCAAUAAAAAGAAGAUUGGAAUCAAUACGACGUGCUGUUCCACUAGUGGUUGCAAUCCGCCCGUUCCCAUCUCUCCUCCCAUGGACUCAGAACCCAAUGGGCUGACCUGUCCCUCUUGCUACGUCUCAAAUUCGGAUACAUGUUUGCAGAAAUACCCGAUGAAGUGUGUUGGAAAUGAGAGUCACUGCAUCCACUACAUAAGUAAAGAUACGUUUGAAAAUGAUGUGACUAAAGAGUCCUUUCAUGGCUGUACCACAGACAGCAUUUGCAAAGCCGGAUCAUCAAGAAGACACUUCUCGUACCCAGAAAUCAAGGCAAUAAGAACGACUAGAAUGGAUUUGACCUGCAGUAAGGCUCUGGGGCUGAAUAAUGCUGUCCAACCCCCUCUGGUGUCUGUAAUUAUAGGCUUGAGAGUCAUAAACUCUAUAUUCUAAAAAAAACC